AAUUCGGAGCGGCUUGGAGGCAGAUUGAUAUGUGUAGGGGAGAGAGGAGCAGGCGGAGUGGCCGGUGAUAGUCCCACGUUGCGCUCACACAGACCCGGAGAAGAUCGUGUGACUGAGGGAGCGGAAGGAUCUAUUGGCUUGUUUGUGGGGCGGGAGAAUCACAGGAGACUCUGGGCUGCAAGAGGGACAUCAGUGUCUGGAGACUCAGUGUGAGGGACCGGCUGUGACAGGAGACUGAGCUGCCAUACUGCUUGUGCUCGUCUGUGAUUGGAUUACUGCGCCGGUGAGCAUGGACUCAUUCCCUUAGACACAAGCGGAUCAUUGCGCACAAGGUGUGCACAGCUCAGAGACUGAUGACAGGGAAGAGCAGAUUCUAAUCACUGCAUUAAGGACAAAUGGAAUUCUUAUUUGAUGGGUCAGAAUCUUCCCGAAUGCAGUUACAUUUGGACCUACAGUAAAGCUACAUGAACCGAGUUUUAGGUUUAUGGAGAUAUAGCUCCAUCCAGACAAUGUCAUCUUUCGUUUCUGAAGAUCCUGGAAUACAAUGUGGAUCCAAGUUCUGUAAAUCGUUGCCGUCCUGUAGCCAGAGUUCUGGUUUUUAUCUCCCAGAAAACUCCAGAUACCGAUUUCCUGCCCUUGGGAUUUACUGUCUCUCUCAUCUUUAUGUCAAUACUGUGGUUUAGUGCCGUGUAUCUGGGUUAAUUUCCUGCGUGACACACAGUGAUGGGACUUUGGUACCCGAGCCGUAUAAAUUACAGCUAGACAGUCUGCACCGGCUUAAUGGAAGGUGGCCAUUGAGCAGAGAGCACUAAUGAGUCUCGCUGAGUGAUGUAUGAAUGAUCACCAUGCCUCCAGGAACGCUGCUUCUUGCCGCCUUUUGUUUCCUCUGGGCACCAAUCUCUGGGACCAUCCCGUACGUGGCUUUUGUACAGAACAACACGGCAUUCAACCACCUCACCCUGGAUGCCAACACAGGCACCUUGUACAUCGGGGCUACAAACUCCCUUUACCAGCUGACUGAGGAUUUAUCUGUGGAAAUGAUGGUCAGGACUGGGCCGGUUUGGGACAGCAAGGAAUGUUUACCCCCUGUGUCCACGGACUGCCCCCAAGCACAGAACACAAACAAUCAUAACAAACUCCUGCUUGUGGUCCCCAGCAAAAAGGAACUUAUAGUUUGUGGCAGUGUCUACCAAGGAAUCUGCGAAUCAAGGCGUCUGGGGUCCCUACAAAUGGUUCUCUUCAGGCCAGAGAGACCAGUAGACACACAAUACGUUGCUGCAAAUGACCCCAACGUUACCACGGUUGGCCUGGUUGCACUUUCUAAAGACGGAUCCCCUCUUUUGUUUGUGGGUCGGGGCUACACAAGUAAGGGAGCUGGUGGCAUCCCUCCAAUUACCACUCGGAACUUGGAGGUGGGCGGUGUAAGUGAAAUGGAGUCCCAUUCAGUCUUCUCCUACGAAGAUACAGCCAAAUUGGCAGUGGUAGGGCGGCUCUCGGAGUACAACCACCAUUUCAUUAAGGCCUUCACCCACGGGUCCAAUGUUUACUUCCUGUUCUAUCGCAGGGAUCUUAAAUCACAGUCCAGAGAAUACAAAACCUACAUUUCUCGCAUCUGCCCCAACGACUCCCACUAUUAUUCCUACGUGGAACUGCCUCUGAGUUGCCGAACUAAGGAAAAAAGUUACAACCUUCUUCAGGCAGCCUAUGUCACUCAGCCUGGGGAGAGGUUGGCCAAGGGCGUCUUGAACACCGAAGGGGAUGUCUUGUUUGCCGCAUUCUCCCAGUGGCAGGCGGCAUCCGGAAAGGUGGGCGAGGAGUCUGGCUUGUGCUUAUACUCUAUGGAUCUUAUAGAUCGUUUAAUUAAUCAGACAAGGGACACCUGCUACACCAAGGACGGCAAAGCCGAGGACGGGCGAGAGGUGGCGUACAUUGAAUACGACGUGAAAUCCAACUGUGUCCAGUUGCCGUCUGAUACUCUCGAUGCCUAUCCAUGCGGCUCAGAUCAUACGCCCAGCCCAAUGGCAAGCAAGGACCCCCUGGAAGCCACUCCUUUGUUUGAGAGCGAUGCCACUCGUUUCACCGCCAUUGCCGUGCAUGUGGAGGGGGAACACACUAUCGCUUUCAUUGGAGACAGCAGAGGACACCUUAACAAGGUGUAUCUGGGAGGAGAUCAGAACACUGAGCACUAUUCCUCUGUUGACACCAAAUCAAACUCAGCCGUUUUGCCAGAUCUUUUAUUCGACCAGGCGGAGAGAUACCUGUAUAUCCUAACUCAGUCCACGGUGAUGAAAGUGCCACUUUCAGAAUGUUCCACGUUUACAGACUGCGACUCGUGUCUGUCUGCCGGGGAUCCCUACUGUGGCUGGUGUGUGCUUCAUGGCAAAUGCAGCCGGAGCUACGAGUGUCUGCGCUCAGGGCAGAAGAACCAGUGGCUCUGGGCCUACGAUCAGAACCAGCAGUGUCUGACAGUCCAGUCUCUGAGUCCGGCAAAUAUCAGCAAAGAAGAAAAGAGAAAUGUUUUUUUAUCAAUCCCUGAUUUACCGGCCCCGGAUCCCGAAGAGUCUUAUUCCUGCUUCUUUGAAGAUUUCGAGAGCCGCGCGGUUAUAAAAGACACUGGAGUGAUGUGUCCGUCUCCAGAUCCAAACAAGACUCCUGUGAUCAAGCCUGGGACAGAUCAUGUGCAGGUGAAGCUUGUUCUGCGCUUCGGAGAGGUGACCAUAUCCAGCACUGAGUUCACCUUCUACGACUGCAUGGCUGUGGCCCAGCUUUAUAAGAACGCUCCGUGCCGUGGUUGUGUGAGCAGUGACUGGGGCUGUAACUGGUGCAUCCAACAGCAUCACUGCACUCAUAAAGCAACGUGUGAGGAGGGGACCAUUAUCUACAACAAGCUGACUCAGGUUCCAUUCGUGGAUCCAACCUUUCCUCCGGAAGUUCCCACUAAGUUGAUUUCCACUGUCCUACUUUCCACCGUUGCUCUGGAAACAAGUCCAAGUGAAGCCCCAGUGACCACUGAAAGUACCACACCAAGCACUACUACACUUACAACAAUCCCAGAGACCUCACCUACAACAUUCCCACCAACCACCAUCCCAACUACUUUUCCUGUUACUACGACUGCUGUUAGUCCAGAAACAACUACCGUUCUACAGCCUGAUCCAACCACAGGCAUCUUGGACUUUGCCACAGAAGACACCAUUCCAGAUAUCACAAUGGAACCUUCCACAGAAGAACCAAUGAGCCACCCCACCACAAUCCCAACCACCAUGUUUAUAGAUAUGGCCACAAGCCCUCCCAUCACAGAUAAUGAGUAUGUAGCUGUCACAUCAGAACAAAGCAUGCUCCAAGAGAUGAUAACUACAGAAAGUUCCACUACAUCUUAUAUGGCCACAACACCAAUCCCUGUUCCUCCACCAACCGUUCCUGAAACAGAAGAGGAAAAUGCAUGGACACCCACAAUGCUCCUUCCUACGCAAGAAGAAUUGACUUCUGCUGUCCAGCCUAUCACAACCCCUAACAAGGUAUCCAGUGUCACCUCCUUGGCUGGAUAUCAUGAUGAGUUUGACAGUGAAAUACCUUACUCCGAAGAGCCACCUACAGUUCCCACUGAGGAUAACACAGAGGAAAACUUGGACCAAACGGAGGCAGAUGAUUGGGUAGACUCGGCCAGUAUGGACAAUGACACUUCAUCCUUUUCAGCUUCCACUAUCCUUUCUGGAGACGGGGAGAGCGACGGAGUCUCACCAAGUUUCCCUGGCAUCCUUCAGUCUGAUCUGGAUUAUCAGUUUGAUUCUCCAGGACUCAUCGAGAUGGAUGAAGAAGAACUUGUAUGGGGCCCGGAGUCCUGUCCGUGUGUAGAAAGUAUCCAGAGCUCCUCCCUGCUGCCUGUCAACGUGGAAAGGAAAAUCACAUUGGUUGGAAAGAACUUCCAUCACUACCAGGACCAACAGAUGGACUAUGACUGUGUUCUGCUGCUGGAUGGCAGGAGUGUGGUCACUGACGCUGUGCUGGAACUGGACCCAGAGGAGCAAUCCAAGUAUUAUAUUACAUGUCAGCUGCACCAGUACAGUUACUCUGCGCUGCAGCUGGAGUUUAAUGCGAUGGUGUUUGUGCGGUUACAGAGUUACCUGCGAGUAGACAGCACUGAAGAUCUCUAUGUGACCCUCUAUAACUGCUCAGUGGGACACUCAGACUGCAGCCGCUGCCAGACAGCCGACCCCAAGUAUAACUGUGUGUGGUGCGGAGGGAGCCAGCCAAGCUGCAUGUAUCAGGAGUCGUGCAAGGAGAAGGUGGAAGGAACCUGCCCGGCCCCACUCAUCCAUUUGAUCGAGCCUCUGUCGGGCCCCAUAGAGGGUGGAACCAGAAUCACCAUCACCGGAUCCAACUUGGGACAGAAGCUGGAGGACAUAUUGGACACUGUGACCGUGGCUGGAAUUCAGUGCCAGGUUGAUCUCCUACAAUAUGAGAUUUCCAGCAGCAUUGUGUGUGUGACUGCGAGAAGCAAUACUGAGAGACUGGGCCACGUGGCUGUGGAAGUUCCUGGUGGAGGCCACGGCAUUUCCAGCCAAGUCUUUUCCUACCAGAAUCCUGUACUGCACUCCUUUUCCCCAACUCGCGGCCCAAAAUCUGGGGGGACUCGUUUGACUCUCACAGGGACCAAACUUCUGACUGGCCGCCCCAGUGACAUCACCGCUCUGAUCGGAGAUAUUCCGUGUCACAUCUACUCGGAGAUGCAGGAGAACAUGCUGGAAUGUCUGACUGGACCCAGUAACAGUACUGCAGACUUGCAAGUAACCAUUAAGUAUGGAGACCAAGAGCUGAGAACAUACGAGUCUCUCUUCACUUACACUGCUGAUCCAAACAUCACCUCGGCCAGCCCAGCCAAGAGCUUCAUCAGUGGAGGACGUGUGAUAUUUGUGUCUGGCCAGAAUUUGGAUGUGGUACAGGCCCCAAAGAUACGGGUAACUGUGUCCCCGAGAGAAAAGCGCAGAAGACGCAGCUUUAAGAGGCAUCGGCGCAUUGUCCCUGAGACAGAAUGUCCGGAGAAUGACCUGUGCACUGUGGAGAAGUUUGAAGAGUUGUGUUUGAUCAACUCGUCGUUCCUGCUCCUGUGCAAAACACCAGCCAUUAACCGCUUGCACUGGAAUUCCCAAGUGAACGUCGAGUUUAUUCUGGAUAAUCUGCAUUUUAACUUCAGGGCUGUCAACUCCGUUCCAUUCACCUACGAGCCAGACCCAGUGCUCAAACAGCUUAAUCCAGAGGAUCCAGUGAAACCUUAUCGGCACAAGCCUGGCAGUGUCAUCUCGGUAGAGGGAGAGAAUUUGGACUUGGCCGUCACCAAAGAUGAGAUGAUUGCAAUGAUUGGAGACGGGGUUUGCAUGGUGAAGACCCUCACAAGAAACCAUCUGUAUUGUGAGCCUCCUGAGAAGCAGCCAGCUCCUCGCCAGCCUCAGAAAAGAGAAGGGGUGGAUUCUUUGCCGGAGUUUACAGUUCAGAUUGGGCGCAUGUACUUGGUCCUGGGGAAGGUUCAGUACGACACAGAGAGCCAACUAACGUUCCCCCUGGAAGCUCAGAUCGGCCUGGGAGUUGGCACAUCUUUUGUAGCCUUGAUUGUCCUCAUUAUAGUCUUGAUUUACAGGCGGAAGAGCAAACAGGCCCUGCGGGACUAUAAGAAAGUCCAGAUCCAGUUGGAGAACUUGGAAACCAGUGUCAGAGAUCGCUGCAAGAAGGAAUUCACAGACCUGAUGACCGAAAUGAUGGACCUUACCAGUGACCUGGUUGGCACCGGUAUCCCAUUCCUGGAUUACAAAUCCUACGCAGAGAGGAUUUUCUUCCCUGGUCACCGAGAGUCGCCAUUGCAGAGAGACUUAGAUGUGCCAGAAGGUCGACGGCAGACAGUAGAACAGGGCUUGGUCCAGCUCUCCAACCUUCUUAACAGCAAGCUCUUCCUUACCAAGUUUAUACACACCCUGGAAAGCCAGCGCACAUUUUCGGCAAGAGACCGAGCCUACGUGGCAUCUCUUCUAACUGUAUCUCUGCAUGGAAAGUUGGAAUACUUCACUGACAUCUUGAAGACGCUCCUGAAUGAUCUGGUGGAACAGUACGUGGCCAAGAACCCAAAGCUCAUGCUAAGAAGGACAGAGACAGUGGUGGAGAAGCUGCUGACCAACUGGAUGUCCAUCUGUCUAUAUGUGUUUGUGAGGGAUUCAGCCGGAGAACCACUUUAUAUGUUGUUCCGUGGGAUAAAGCACCAAGUGGACAAAGGACCAGUAGACUGUGUGACGGGGAAGGCCAAAUACACUCUGAAUGAUAACCGCCUACUGAGGGAUGACGUAGAAUACAAAACUCUGACGCUGAAUGCCAUAAUGCAAACUAACACUGGCAUCACUUGCGAAGAGGAACAAGGUUUGCCGGUGAAAUUACUCGACUGUGACACCAUCACUCAAGUGAAAGAAAAGAUCCUUGACCAGAUUUACAAGGGAACCGCAUGCUGUCACCGACCGAACCCUGAAGCUCUGGACUUGGAAUGGAGAUCAGGGCUGGCCGGUCAUCUCAUCCUUUCUGAUGAAGAUCUGACAUCAGUGGUGCACGGGUCUUGGAAACGAGUGAAUACAUUGCAGCAUUACAAGGUUCCAGAUGGAGCGACAGUGGCUUUGGUGCCCCGUCUAAGCAAACACAUCCACCCAGAAAACCACGACUACAUCCCAGGAGAGAAGACCCCUAUGCUGGAAGAUGCAGACGAGGGUGGGAUAAGGGUUUGGCACCUUGUUAAACCGACGGAUGAACCAGAACUUCUGAAACACAGACGGGGAAGUCUACGAGACAGAGAGCGUGCCAAAGCCAUUCCUGAAAUCUACCUGACUCGCCUGCUCUCCAUGAAGGGAACUCUGCAGAAGUUUGUAGACGACCUUUUCCAGGUCAUACUGAGCACCAGCCGGCCCGUUCCCCUCGCUGUCAAGUAUUUCUUCGAUCUCUUGGAUGAGCAGGCCACCAGCCAUGGUAUCAAUGACCCAGAGACCAUCCACAUAUGGAAAACAAACAGUUUGCCAUUGAGGUUUUGGAUCAACAUCAUCAAAAACCCCCAGUUUGUAUUUGAUGUGCAGACGUCGGACAAUGUGGACGCUGUGCUGUCAGUCAUUGCACAAACCUUUAUGGAUUCCUGCACUCUAGCUGACCACAAGUUAGGAAGGGAUUCCCCCAUAAACAAGUUGCUUUAUGCCAGAGACAUCCCGCGCUACAAGCAGAUGGUAGAGAGGUAUUAUGCCGACAUCCGGCAAACCAUCUCAGCCAGUGACCAGGAAAUGAAUUCAGCACUAGCGGAACUUUCAAGGAAUUGCUCAGGUGAACUUAAUUCUUUGGUGGCUCUGCACGAACUCUACAAGUACAUUAAUAAAUACUAUGAUCAGAUUAUAGAAGCACUGGAAGAGGACUCUACAGCCCAGAAGAUGCAGUUGGGUUACAGACUACAGCAGAUCGCUGCCGCUGUGGAGAACAAAGUAACUGACUUGUGACCAAGACUCAAAGACUUGUAUAUUUGUGGCCAAACAGACCCUUGCACAGAGCUCUCGCCGUCUCCAAGAUGCCACCCUACCGGCAUGGAUGACCUGAAAAUACGCUGACGGCGGGAGCGCACACAGAAGGCGAUUGUUCAUGAAACAGAAAUAUUUUUUAUACUUUUUUUUAAUGAACAGUAAUAACAUUUGUUCUUUUGGUUUUUAAAUCUCACGAAUGGGACAAUGUAGUUAUCCUGGAUGUUGAACAAGUCCAGGAUACCUCUAUCUGCCCGCGUGCCAAGUCUAUGUAUUUGUAACCGUGCACAACGGGAGAGACCCAUGGACGCAGUUUGGACAAUGACUGGUGUUUGUGGAUCCGAGGCACGUGGUGGGUCACCGGCCUUCUCUACUGGCUGAAGAAGUGGCACAGCCUUUGCUGCCAAUCUAAUGAAGUCACUGAAACUGCUCCCUGAGUGAUCUAGAGUGUUCUAGACUCUCUCUGCUGCCAAUCGGCUAUCAGUAUGGGCAAAGUACUGUAGAUGCUACGUGUUUUACUUGAUCUUCUGUCUUCAUUUGACUGUCCUGUUGUUAUGUUGUGUCUCUGUGUGCGUGUGCUGAACCUUCACACCGACCAGUAGUAACUAACUAGCUGUAGGACAGGUAUACUGAUGAUAGGUCUAACCUCUUUCACCCCAUCAUUUUAAUUUGCCUCUCAUUUGUAAUAGUUCAACACAAGCAGAAUUUGAUCAUGUUCCGUCUUCUUUUAUAUCGACCCCUAACCCCAUUCUUCAUUGCCACCGUUCAACCAAUGACGUGAUCCAAGCUGGUUGAAAAGCUGUAGGAACCUCGGAUGCCGACAUCACCAGCACCAUCAACUCCAUCGUUGCUCAAUGCAUCUUUCAUGGCUGCACUAAACAGAGCUAGAUGCAAUGCAUAUAUUUAUUAGCCUAAUGGACGAGCCUAAUUUAGCACUGUCUCUUUAUGUUGUAGAGCAACACUGCCCCCCGCUCCGUAGGAUCCCACGUCUUGUGGCUUUUUUUGCUGCUUUCAACUGGACAUGUAAAUACGGUAGUAAUGAAAGAAAAAUAUUUAAAUACUAAAGGAGAACUGUAAUUUAUUUUCAAAGACCACAGGCUACUCUGGGCAACCGCCGCCUCUUCUAUUCUUCCCCUUCGCGUUUCGCCGCAAGAAUCCCACUUUUCACUGUGUUUUAUUCCUUAAAAAAAUUAGAAUUCAUGGUCCGACUAAUAAAAAAGAAAACAGAGAGCCCCUCCCCCGUAAGAGAAAUCAUAAGGAAUAGACUAAUAAUUUAUAGGCAGUGCUCAGAAUGCUACAGAUCUGUGAAAUUAAGAUCCAUGAAUGUAAAAAAAAUUACUAGGAAAAAUAAUUUUAAUGAGAAUAAAGUAGUUCUUUCACAGAUUACUUAAUAAACUUUAAUAUGUCUA